AUGGAACCUGGACGUGGAGGCCCUUCUGUGCUGCCCCUCCGGGCUGGGCCUAGGAGGCAGCCUGCCCUGUGGCCCACCCUGGCCGCUCUGGCCCUGCUGAGCAGCGUCGCCGAGGGUGAGGCCUCCCUGGGCCCCGCGCCCCGCAGCCCGGUCCCCCGCGAAGGCCCCACGCCCGCCCCGCUGGUGCCGGUGCGCGCGCUCGGCCUGGGCCACCGCUCCGACGAGCUGGUGCGGUUCCGCUUCUGCAGCGGCUCCUGCCGCCGCGCCCGCUCCCCGCACGACCUCAGCCUGGCCAACCUGCUGCACGCCGGGGCCCUGCGGCCGCCCCCGGGCUCGCGGCCCGUCAGCCAGCCCUGUUGCCGACCCACGAGCUACGAGGCCAUCUCGUUCAUGGACGUCAACAGCACCUGGAGGACCGUGGACCGCCUCUCGGCCACUGCCUGCGGCUGUCUGGGUUGA